AUGGCCAAGUUCUUGAAGCCUAACAAAGUCGCUAUCGUUACCCGUGGCCGUCAAGCCGGUAAGAAGGUGGUCAUUGUCAAGCCUUUUGACGAGGGCACCAAGUCCCACCCCUACGGCCAUGCCCUCGUUGUGGGUAUUGAGCGCUACCCCCAGAAGGUUGCCCGCCGUCACAGCGAGAAGGUUCUUGCCAAGCGUACCAAGGUCAAGCCUUUCAUCAAGCGUGUCAACUACAACCACCUUAUGCCCACUCGUUACACCUUCGAGCAGGAGAGCUUGAAGAACGUCAUUUCCGCCGAGACCUUUGCUGAGCCCUCUGCCCGCGAGGACGCCAAGAAGGAGAUCAAGAAGAUUUUUGAGGAGCAGCACAAGGCCGGCCAGAACAAGUGGUUCUUCACGAAGCUGGCUUUCUAA